UUCGUAAACUAAUUUUACGAAUUAUUUGCGAAUUGAUCAGCAUCGUGUUUGAUCUAUUCUCUGUUUACGACUUCGCAAGAAGAAAUCAUAAAAGUUUUUAAGAGUAUCCGUACGAAUUCGAUACAGUCCGCAUCAAUUCGUACGAAUUCGCAAAAUAAGGGUAAAACGCGAAUUAUUGCAUCAUUUUUACGCUUAAAAAUUGCGAUUCGUCCAUUCGUCUUUAGACACUUUGUCCACACAUCUCUUCAUUAUCAUGGCACGUAUAUAAAUCUUAAUUGUGAAUAAAUCCUAUUCAUUGAAAAAAGUGUCUGAACUAAGAAAAAUAGUUUUAUUUACAAUAACAAAUAAUAAUUUAGACAUAAUGUACAAUAUCUCAAUUUCAUGAUUAUUAUGAAAAUAUUUUCAAAAGAAAACGCUUGGAUCUUAUGAGAAAACCUAUCCAAGUGAUAUCUUUCGAUCAACAGAGGGUAUCGAGUUAGUAAAAAGCCUAAAAUGAUUUUUCCCCAUGAUUUCUGAAGACCCGAUUUUCCAGAAAAUCCGUUCUUCAAGCAAAAAAUCAUUUUAGGCUUUUUAAUAGCUCGAUACCCUCUAUCGAUCGACUUAUGAACGAAUGAAAUCGGAAGGUAUCACUUGGAUAGGUUUUCUCGUUAGUUAAAAUAUAAACAAAAAAUGUAACGAUAACUAACCGACGCUUUGUCUGAAUCUAGCAUAUUUAAAAAAAAUCAAAGUAGUUAUAAAUUCUAGUUGUUCAUUGAGUGCUUCUCAUCUCCAACAUAGUUUGUUCAUCGAAUAAUUACUUUGGUAUUUCAAUUUGUUGUUUCAACAAAAUAGAUUCUUCUUUAUACGGUGGAUCAAUCUUGUUGUCUAAAAUUUGUUUGAAAUAUUUCAAGUUACCUUUUGAGAAUUUUGGUAGAAAAUCAUAUAUAUAUAUACAUAUAUAUAUAUAUAUGGAUUUUCUCACUUUGAUAGUUUCACUUGGUACUUUUAGUCAUACUAAUUGGCGUGUAAUUCAUGCUACCUAUUCGUCGUCUUUUAGUCAUCAUGAAGGACUUUAUCAAUCUUACCUUGAAAAAGAUUAGAAAAGAAGACAAUCUUAUUAUUAAUAUUAAUGAUAUCACAUUUUAAUCACUAUUAUAUUUAAAUCCAUAUGAUUGAAUGUCAACUAAUGAAAAUAAAAAACGUUUCACAUGUGCACAAUUAUUCAAAUUAUGUCGGAAAAUGAACAUGAUCAAGAUGAAAAUUAUUAGUAAUAAUAAAAAGUACUCUUACUAUCUGUUUUGUUGUAAUGAUUACUGAUUAUCUUUCAUUUUCUCUAUAAUAUAUCAUUGAUUGAUCUUUGAAUAAGUAGAAAAUAUAUGUUAAAAAAAGAAACGGCUGUAUAAAAACUGCUGAUACUGCUUUUGCUCUUAUUCAAUUCAUCUAAUAACAUUUAUAAUAUUUAAGUUUACCUUGUAUAAAAUAUGCAGUGCUUAACAAGCAAUUUUUAUCUUUUGAAAAGAUCAUUUAGUUUGAAAUGUCUAUUUCAUUUGAAUUUUUCGUUAUAGUAUUGGUCAUAAUCGAAAUCGUUCUCAACAACCGUCAGUAACUGGUACAGAUUUAGAUGGUGAACAAAUGUUAAAUGCUCAGAAUCAAACGUUAAGAGUUGAAGAUGGUUUAAGAGCUAUAUUUUCGUUGAUACCGUUUGACAACGAAGCCAUUGGCGAUAAAUCAUCAAGUUCAAUGUUUACAACACAACCAGUUUAUUUUAGUUUACUCAAAAUCUGGGAGUGUCUAGUUCGUUAUUAUAUUAAGAUAGAUAAAUUAGUAGAAGCUAAUCAGUGUUUAGAUGAAGCUAGUCGAUUAUGUCCUCUAUCACAUCAGUUAUUUUACAUACGAGGAUUAAUUUGUGAUGCGAAAAGAGAAUUAAAAUUGGCUAAACAAAACUAUAAUGAUGCUUUAGCCAUUCAUCCGUACCAUUUUCAAACACUUAUUCAAAUGACAAAAUUACUUAUCGAAAUUGGAAAUUAUGCACUAGCAGAAAAAUAUGCAAGAGAUGCAAUUGCUGUUGAACCAGCCAAUUAUGAACCAUGGUAUUUAUUGAGUUUGUCAAUGGAAGCACGUGGUGAAUAUGAACAUUCAGUAGAUGUUGCGGCCACAGCUGUUCAUUUAGAAGAAAAUACUCCACUCGUUUCUUAUACGACAAUUAUGAGAGUUUUAUAG